UAAUCAAUCAAGUGCACACAAAUGGAUGGGUUACUGAUUACAUGUGAUGUUGUAGUUUUUUUGUGAUAAGAUUGUUGCUUUAAGGACAAAGUCCUGCCAGGUAUAUAUAGUCUUCAGCUGCUUUAACACUUUCUAUCCUUCAAAGGACCACAGCUGCCUUUCAGGUCCUUUGGUGGUUUGUUUUUCGGCUUCCUUGCAUCAUUUCGGCAUUCAGCAGCAACAUGAGUAUAGAGUCCAAAAAAACAUGUGGGGCUCGCUGCGCCAACCUUAAGCUCUUCCUGGCGUCUUUGGCAUUUGUAUACUUUUCCAAAGCUUUUGGUGGGGCCUAUAUGAAGAGCUCCAUCACCCAGAUUGAACGGCGCUUUGACAUCCCCAGUUCUCUCAUAGGGGUUAUAGAUGGCAGCUUUGAAAUGGGGAACCUGUUGGUAAUAGCAUUUGUGAGCUACUUUGGGGCUAAGCUCCAUCGUCCCAGGCUGAUUGGUAUUGGCUGUGUGAUCAUGGCUGCUGGAUCGUUCCUCAUAGCCCUGCCUCACUUUUUCCAAGGACUGUACAAGUAUGAGACCAGUGUGUCUCACAGUACAAGUAUCAACAGCACUGAUAGCAUCCUGCCCUGUCUGUCCAACCACAGCCUGGCUGAGGCUGAUGAGAUGCCUGAUUUAGAGGCCAUGACAGCCUGUGAAAAGGCAGCUGGCUCGUCUUUGUGGAUCUAUGUAUUCUUGGGAAACAUGCUGCGUGGCAUUGGAGAAACUCCCAUCAUGCCUCUGGGUGUAUCCUACCUCGAUGACUUCUCCAGAGAGGAGAACACUCCUUUCUAUUUAGCCUGCAUCCAUACAGUGGGGAUCUUAGGGCCCAUGUUUGGGUUUAUGCUCGGAUCCUACCUUGCCAAGAUCUACGUGGACAUCGGAUCUGUGGAUUUAGACAGUGUCACAAUCAACCAUAUGGACUCCCGCUGGGUGGGGGCCUGGUGGCUCGGCUUCAUAGUAACUGGAACUGUGAUCCUGCUGUCCAGUAUCCCUUUCUGGUUCCUGCCCAAGUCCUUGCCCAAGCAGGGGCAAGAAGAGAGCCAGAGUAAAGGCACAGAGCUGGCCAUAACGGCAGAGCAGGAGAAUUUCCUGCAGGAUGAAACACAAAAUCAGGAGGAGAAGCCACUUACAUUCCAGGAGCUGGCCAAAGAUUUCAUUCCUUCCCUCAGAAGACUCUUCAAGAACAGCAUCUUCACAAUGAUGAUACUUACAUACCUGGUUUCUGUCAACGGCUUCAUUGGCAUGAUCACCUUCAAGCCAAAGUACAUGGAACAAGUCUACGGCCAAUCAGCCUCCAAGGCAAUUUUCCUCAUAGGUAUACUGAACCUACCAGCAGUAGCUUUGGGAAUCAUCACCGGUGGUUUUGUUCUGAAGCGUUUCAAACUGGGUGUCAUCGGAGCAGCCAGGGUGUCAGUUACUGCCUCUGUUGGGUCCUUAUGUCUACUUUUCAUUCAGAUCUUCAUAUACUGUGACAAGGCAGAGGUAGCAGGUCUUACUGUGUCAUAUCAAGGGGAUUCUCAAGUGUCCUACAACCAACAGACCAUGAUUUCACAAUGCAACAUGGCCUGCUCCUGUUCAGUGAAACAUUGGGACCCAGUAUGCGCUCAAAACGGAAUAACAUAUGCCUCGCCCUGCCUGGCUGGCUGCCAGACCUCCACCGGCAUUGGCAGGGAAAUGACGUUUCAUAACUGCACCUGCACAGGAGAGAUGAUGAUGACUCCUGGCAUGAACAUGUCCGCAGUGCUGGGCCAGUGCCCGAGGAGGAGCGACUGUAAUCACAUUUUCAAAAUCUACAUGGCUUUGUCUGUCUUGGGGUCUUUUAUUUCUGCCUGUGGGGGCACACCAGGAUACAUUGUACUGCUCAGGUCCAUACAGCAAGACCUGAAGUCACUGGCGUUGGGUAUGCAGACCCUGAUAGUGAGAACUUUGGGUGGAAUACCUCCCCCAAUAUAUUUUGGCGCACUGAUUGACCGCACCUGUUUAAAAUGGGGCACCAAGCAUUGUGGAGGCCGUGGAGCAUGCAGACUCUAUGAUGCUGAUGCAUUCAGAAUGACAUUCUUGGGAUUGAUCACGGGACUCUACUGCCUAUCCAACAUACUGUGGGGAGGCCUAUAUGUCACAAUUGUCAAGAGACAGAAGAAGUUAGCACUGAGAAAGCAGGCCAAAGAAAACGAAUUGGAAGGUGAAAUGGUGGUCAAUGGACAUGCAAACAUAAACGUUUUCAAAAAGAAGGAAGAUGCCGGCAAUGAAAGCACAAUUUAAAAUAUUUGAGAAAGGCAACACUAUUUUAUAAUGCAGGCGGACGACACACAGCGGAGGAAAUGCGGUAAUGGUACAGUGUCAGCGAUCUUUUGUCUCCAAGCAGUACACUUUUUUUUUCACAGAGAUAUUCUGCCGUUAACAUCAUCUGCAGUAACUGAACAAACUGCAGAUCACAUAAAUCUGUAUCUUCACUAAUAUGCCGACUUAUAGGUCAUUACUAGUUCAACUUUAUAACAAUCAUGGCAAUACAAUGCUUUAAUUUAUAAAACAAGUCAGUAUGAUGUAAGAGGAAGUGAGCACAAAAUAUACCCAAUAUUUGGAGAAUGUGACCAUCAUUCUUACUUGAAUAGCAUUGUCAGGUAAUAAUAGUUUCAUCACUUAAAUGUAUACAGUGAAUGUACAACAUAGUUUCACAUACCUCUAAAAGACAACUGCUGUUUGUUGCCUAAGAGGUGGUUGCAUGAAUUUUUAA